AAUUGGUAUCAGAGCAGGUCUUUUCGAUAAAAGAUUCACACCUUGAAAAGACUCAAUGGCAGCACCACCUACCCCACAAGAGGGAGCUUCACAAACACGACCACCACUGUUCAAUGGCAAAUACUAUGGAUGGUGGAAAAAUCGUAUGAUGGACCAUCUUAUUGGCGAAAACCCUGAUCUAUGGGGAGUAAUUCUAGAUGGACCAACUAUACCUAUGAAAACUGCAACUGAUGGAAUCACCAAAAUCCCAAAGGAAAGAAAAGAAUGGAAUGCUGAAGACAAGCUUGCAAUCCAAAACAAUGCCAAAGCCAAGAAAAUUUUGAUCUGUGGCAUAGGACCAGACGAAUACAAUCGAAUCUCGUCCUGUCAAGAUGCCAAAGCCAUAUGGGAAACACUACAAACCGCUCAUGAAGGAACAACGCAAGUCAAGAAGUCCAAAAUUGAUAACUUGAACAGGCAAUAUGAGCUGUUCAGGAUGGCAGAAGGGGAGACUAUUCAAGAUAUGCACACCAGGUUCACCUCCAUCAUUAAUGAGAUGUACUCCUUGGGAGAGAUAGUUCCUAAUGGAAAGGCAGUAAGGAAACUCUUGAGUGUCCUUCCUGAAACUUGGGAAAGUAAAGUCGAGGCUAUCACUGAAGCCCGCGACCUAGACUCACUGGCCAUGGAUGAGUUAAUUGGUAAUCUCAUCACAUACGAACUCAAGAAAAACCAAGAAAAGGAAAUUGGAGGAAAAAGGAAGGAAAGGAACCUGGUUCUAAAGGCUACUGCAUCAGAUGAUUUUGAAGAUGAAAAUAUUGCCCUCAUAACCAAAAGGUUCACCAGAAUGCUAAAGAGAGGACAGGCCUUUCAAAAGAAAACUUCUCAAAAACCAUCUGAAAACACUAAAGACCAGGUUUGUCAUAAGUGUGGGAGCCCGGAUCACUUCAUCAAAUUCUGUCCACUUUGGGCUUUAGAGCAGAAAAAGGCAAACUUUGAGAAGGGCAAAGACAUCAAGAAAGAUAAGUUUGUCCCCUCAAACAGAAGAAUGACAACUCAAGAGGCAGAUAUCUCAAUGAAAAGGGCCUUUGCAGCAAUGGGGAAUUCAUCUGAUGAAGAGUCUGAGGGUGAUGAGACAGAAAACAAGUCCCUUCUUGCACUAGAACAAGAAGAUGAUUAUGACUUUCUUGCUCUUGUAGCAGUGGAAACCAAGGAAGAAAAGGAAACCUGCAGAUCACAAGAAACCAUACUAGCACUCAUGGCUGGAUCAGAUUCUGAAGAUGAUGAAGAAGAUGACAAACAAAGCAAGGUAAGUUUUCAUCACAUCAAAGUAAAUAUUGAAUCAUAUUCUAAAAAGGAACUAGAGUCUUUAUUGAGUACUCUUAUAGAUGCAUAUCAGUCUGUCAAUUCUGAAAGAGAACAAGUGAUGGAAAACUAUGCAUCUUUAAGAGAAGUCAAUGACAAUCUUGAGAAACACAAUCACUUUCUUCAAAAUAAAUUAAAAGAACAGAUUAAAAUCUCAGAGUUAAGUCACAAGGGCAAAAACUCUGCUAGUGAACUUCAAUUAGCUCUAGAAGAAAAAAUAAAAUUGUUAACCAUAAAAUAUCAAGCUUUAACAGAAAGGAAUAGGUUGUUACAAAAAAAUCUUGAUCAUACCAAACUGGAUCUGGAAAGAAAUCUUAGAUGGACCAGGUCCUCUGAAAUUUUAACUCAGAUUCAAGAAAAGCAAACCACUAGUCGAAGUGGGAUAGGUUUUAAAAAACAGAAUAAUCUUGUGUCACACACUAUUCACAUGUCUAAAAGUUUAUGCACUCAUUGUGGAAACUCAGGUCAUUUAAAGAAUCAAUGUAAAGCUUUAUUUGAGGCUUUUCAGAAAAAUGUUAAGUUCACCAAAAAGGAAAAGACUGAUACGGCUAAGAACCUGGUUCGAAAUAAAAAUGCUCCAAAUAAAAGGUUUUCUUAUUUGCCUUUUUGGGCUAGAAGAAAUCUUAUUCAUCCUUUUACUCACAUAAAGGGACCCAAGCUAAUCUGGGUUCCCAAGACUAAUCUUUGA